CUCCCCUGUCCCUCUGCAGAUGCUGUCCCUGCUUUCUGGCAAUCCCCUGGGAGGCUGGCUGGCAAGCAGGGAAGGCAGGCAGAAGGAUGAUGUCACUGGUGGGUGCCCUGAGGACCGGCAGGGUCAGUGAGGGCUGGGAAAGAUGUUUUUGCCAGGAAGGAAAGUGGGGGAGAGGACAGGUGGGGAGGGCCCUGAGGCGGGCUGUCGCCUGCCUGGGUCUCCUGGGAAGGUAAAGGGUCCUUGGUGUAGAUGAGAGCUCAACAGGACUGGGACCUGGUGGGACCUCUGGGCUGAGAAAAGCCAGUGGCUGGGCUUUUGUCAUUGGAAGGCCUGCUCUACUGAUGACGAGAUACGAAGUACCGAAGUACCGUCCACUUCUCACUUCCAUUCCCGGGCAGGGGCCUGCAUUGUGGGAGGGGUGAGUGGGGAGACCUGGACGGGCCCCUGAGUUGCUUGUCUCUGUCACUGGGCCUCACCUCAGUUCCUCUUCUUCACCCCGUGCACUUCGGUCUGUGCUGACACCAAAGUCCCUCGUUAUUCCCCCGUGUCCCAGCCCUCACCGCCUGCUGCAGGCCACAGUCCCCUCUUUGUGUUUCUGCAGAUGGCAGAGCAGCCGAUGGCUGGGGACUUCCCAUCAGGGGAGUUCACAGCCAAACCGUGGUCAGAGGCCUUACCUUGUGUAUGUCCUGUCCCCGCAGUUCUCGUGGUGAUGGAAAGAAGAGAGGGUCAAGACUGGGGAACCCCUGUGAUAGGCCAGCCUGUCUUCCUGUCUCUUGGCUGUAUAGGAAGUAGUGUGUGUGGGGGGGUGCACCCGCCCCUUAGCUCCUAUGUCUUGCUAGGGUGUUCAGGUGGAAAGUCUGCUGCUCACUUGCUUCCUGGGUGUCUCUCCUGUCAGCUGGCUGGUGUGUCAGGUGGGUUAUGGGGAGGGACAAUGUAAAUGGCGCGGCAGAGCGAUAGGUGGAAUGAGAGACACACUGGGAGGGUGUGGCAUGGAGGCAUGGAGGACUCGAGAGUGGCCGUGUGUGACUUACCCUGGGCUUGGCUUGCCUAGCCUGUGUUCUGCAGACAUGUAACACCUGAGCAUACAGGGAGUAGGUCUCCAAAGACAUGGCCUGCCUCCACGUAUCUCUGUCUUUUCUGUAUCCCCCUCAUCUCUCUCCCUCAUCCCUUUGGGCCUGUGUAGGUCCUCCUUCCUUCUUUUCCCAUGUCUGUUCCUGCUGAGACCCCAGGAGAUUGCCCUUCCUGCCUGGUGUGGCCUGGCGGUGCUCAGGCUGGGUCACCAGGAACCAAAACCCUUCCGGUUCCACUUUUGAAAUAGUUCUUAGAAGCCAGUGGGUGAAGUGGUGCUCUGGCUGGGCGGUUUAGGGGUGCUCUGACUGGGCGAUUUAGGGGUGCUCUGACGACUGGGUGGUUUAGGGAUGCUCUGGCUGGGCGGUUUAGGGGUGCUCUGACGACUGGGCGGUUUAGGGGUGCUCUGGCUGGGCAGUUUAGGGUCUCUCAGGUGUGGUGUAGGCUGACUCCUGACCCUCUUGCUCUGUUCUGCAUUCCAGGCCCGCACUCUCUCAGUCUGGCCAGGUGACCUCCGUUUAUGGUCCUCUAGGCCUCUAGACCUAGGUGGUCUCCAAGGUGUGGGAUGCAGAAACUCACAUACAGAAAUAGAGGGACCUGGAGGUAACGGGUGGUGGACAAGAGGGAGCUCCAGUCCCCAGAUGUCCCUCAGCGGGCAGGGCUGAGACCUCAGCAGCACUGAUGCAGGGGGAGGUCUGCAGGGAUGGAGAGCAUCCUCGUUGCCAACGGCGCAGGAGAUGGGCUGGCGGGGAUCAAGCAGGAGAAGCCCGAGUGGCUGCUGCAGACUGUGGUGUCUCAGGCCGCGCUUCCGGAGAAGGACAAGGAAAACAUAUUUCAGCAGCAGGGCGUCCUCCCACCGUGCCAGACCGCGGGGCGGCCCUGGGCUCUGGGGUCACAGGAGGAGAUUGGAGGUGCAUGGUGGGUCCCACCUCCUGAGCAGGAUGCACGGCUGGCUACUCGAGUUCCGGGAACAGCCCCAGGCCCGCUGAGCCCGGCACUUUCUGCGGGUGGGGGUCACUUCGUGUGUGUGGAUUGUGGGAAAAGGUUCAGCUGGUGGUCAUCCCUGAAGAUCCACCAGCGCACACACACGGGCGAGAAGCCUUACCUCUGCAGCAAGUGUGGCAAGAGCUUCAGCCAGAAGCCUAACCUGGAGCGCCAUCAGCGCCACCACACUGGCGAGAGGCCCUUCUGCUGCCCAGAGUGCACAAGACGCUUCAGUCAGAAGCAACACCUGCUCAAGCACCAGAAGACUCACUCUCGACCCGCCACCCACGCGUGUCCAGAAUGCGAGCGCUGCUUCCGGCACCAAGUGGGCCUCCGCAUCCAUCAGCGAGCGCAUGCCCGGGACCGCCUGGGUGCCCGUGUCAGCUUGCAGGAGAUGCUCCGGUAUGCUGCUGCGCGCCGCCGGGUCUGCCGCCUGCGCCCUGGAUCCCCACGCGGGCGCCCCGAGUGGGUCUGGCUGGGGCUCUGCCAGGGCUGGUGGGGCCAGCAUGGGGUACGGACAGCAGCCCAUGGCCGCUUAGGUCCCAGUGAGCAGCGCCAGUUCAUCUGUAAUGAGUGCGGUAAGAGCUUCACGUGGUGGUCAUCCCUGAAUAUCCAUCAGCGCAUCCAUACAGGCGAGCGGCCCUACGCAUGCCCUGAAUGCGGCCGCCGCUUCAGCCAGAAGCCCAACCUGACAAGGCACCUGCGCAACCACACGGGCGAGCGGCCGCACCCAUGCUCGCACUGUGGCCGCAGCUUCCGCCAAAAGCAGCACCUGCUCAAGCACUUGCGCACACACCUGCCUGGUGCCCAGUCUGCAAGGUGCACCAGCUGUGGACAGAACUACCCCAGCCGUGCGGCACUGCGGGCCCACCAGCGAGUACAUGCCACGGCAGAGCUGCUGCGUUCGCGGUCGGCAGUCCAGGGUGGUGUGCCCGGUUCAGAGCCACAAGCUGAGAUGGCCCGGAGUGUGGCUGUGAAGCCCCACCGUCCUCAGGGUGUCAAGGAAGUGCUGUGUGGUCAGGGGUGCGAGACCCUGGCUGCACCCAGUGAGCAGCGCCAGUUCAUCUGUAACGAGUGCGGCAAGAGCUUCUCAUGGUGGUCAGCGCUCACCAUCCACCAGCGCAUCCACACUGGCGAGCGGCCCUAUGCGUGCCCAGACUGCGGCCGCUGUUUCAGCCAAAAGCCCAACCUUACACGACACCGGCGCAACCACACCGGCGAGAGACCCUACCUGUGCACUGCCUGUGGCCGUGGGUUCCGUCAAAAGCAGCAUCUGCUCAAGCACCAGCGUGUGCAUCGUGGAGCUCAGGCACCACACCCCCGCCCAGAGGAGGAAGAAGAGCCGUAGUGUGUGCCCCCCGUGCAGCUAAUGGUGGUGGGUGGUAGAAUGUGUGCCUGCAGGGUGUUAUUUGGGGAACAGGAGAGACAGGAAUGCUGACUCUUGAUGCUCCCCAAGUUAGAGCCUGUUGAAAGGCUCCUCAAGGUUCGGAGGCCUGAGGAUGGUAUUCCAGAAGCCUGAAAAGUGCCUAGUGGGGGAGGUGAGAUCAAAGCUCCGAGUGUCCGUGAUGGGAAUGUGUUCAUUAGUACACCAUUCAGAACUGGCCCUCAGCCUUAGGCGCCUUGUGAAGGGCUGUUGGGGUCCCCAGGAAAGCCUCCUUGUGUGCAAUGGCCUGGAACUGAUCAAUGGUAGCACUGUCCUGUCACAUAGGCUACAAGAUGGUUAGUGGGGUCAUCCGCAUGGGAAGAUGUCACAGGCUCCAGGAUACCAGCAGUAGAGCAAAGGUUUCUAUUCCCCAGCACCAAGGACAGUGCCGCCUGUGCCGGCUUGGAUGAUUUGAUGGUCUCUCUCCAUCUGAGUGUCGUGGUGCUAGGUAAGGCAGACCUGGCCAUAGAACCGAUGAUGUGUGUGAUGACUAAGGGUUGGGGUACAGUCACAUGGUUUCAGCUCUAGCUUGGCUGCUCGGGAAGGUGGCUGUGCGGGAGUGAUCCAUCUGUUCCAAGCCUGUGGGUUUCUAUGGCUGGCUUGGGUCCGUACCCAUACUGCUGUUGGAGGAAAAUGAAGGACUGAAUAUUCCA